UGAAGUAGUAUUGCUGGAUCUCAGUUCGAAAACCACACCAGCCAUGUCAUUAAUUAGUAAUAUUAGGCGUCACAAACUGCACAUUCUGUCGUUUGGCCUCCUUGUUAUCGUCUUUUUCACCCAGGUGAACUAUAUCAAUCGUGAGCAGCAUUGCGAAAAAUAUGCCAUUCGCAUGCAUACUCCAACACGUUUCAACGAAAUCGAAAAUAUUCGGGAGGCUCUCUCACAUUCAGCAACAUCGGAAGAAGUGUUUCAACGAUUGCAAAACGCUUCAUCGAAUAUUUCGAAGUUCCAUGACCGCAGUGAUGACAGAACUUACGAACCCGAUGGAUACAAGGCCGCUGCCUUAGCUAGACGUCUUUGUUUAGAAAAAAGGCUAAACCACGGAACAUUCGUGCCUGUUGCUCGCAUGCAUUACAUUCCACACAGGAAUAUAACAUUUUGUUCCAUGGCGAAGACGGGUUCAACGUUUUGGGGCAGGGUAUUCGUGAUGGCCACUGAGCAAGAUCCUAACAAAUACAGUCAACCAUAUGACGUUAGUUUGUCUGAGGUUUACGGUGGUAUAGGGAAACGAUUCACGUUGAACACAAAUGUUACAUUAAAUCACGAUCACUUUAGUUUUAUGUUCGUUCGAAAUCCCUAUUCAAGAAUUUUAUCUGCAUAUGUAGAUAAACUUGUUCCGCCCAAUCCAACCUUUUGGAGGUAUUUUGGUUUAAAGGCAAUAGAACAAUUUAGAGAAGGAAUGCAUAAGGCCCCAAAAUCUACCAGAAAGGAAGCUAAACACAAUAAUGAUACAACACUAGUCGGCCACGAUGUGACAUUUGCAGAAUUUGUGCGAUUUGUCACUGACGCUGAACUUCACCAAGAAAGUCCCAAUCCACACAUCUCUAGCGUCAAGAAACAUUGCAGACCGUGUUCGUCUUUCUUCACCUUUAUAGGCAAAUUAGAAAAUAUAGCAGAAGAUGGUUCUUAUAUAAUGAACAAAAUAGGGAUCAGUAAAAAAGCCAUUACGGCACUGGAAACUAAUAUAUCAAACCUUACAAAAGAUGAUGCUAUUACCGAUAGUAUUCGAGGACCGUUCGGGUGGAAGAAAGAUGUGUUAAAACACAUGUCAUGGGAUAAGGCGUUGCAAAGACUUUGGUUAAAACUGCAGAUGCGUGGGUUGAUUGAGAAGGACAUUAAACUUGAACUUAGUGAUCAACAGAUUAUGUCGAUGACAAGUAACCGUUUAAUAGACAUUGCGAGAGAAGCACACGCGCGAUCGGACCCUGGAAAGCUGAAACAACAAAGUAAAGCAGUCCAAAAAGAGGCUUUUGCAAGUGUUCCGUUGAAAGAUCUUACAGCUUUUAGAGACGCGUUUAAGGACGAUUUUACCUUGCUCGGUUACGACCCAUCCCCACAGGAAAUUUUUAAUCGGAAUGAAAAUCCUGUUGAGCCUACGGUGUAUUUCAAUAAACUAUAACUCAAUGAGGUUUUACUCUUGAACCUGUAACUGUAAUUUAAUAGUGAUGUAUGCUGGCAUAUGUGAACUGUAUAAUGUAUGCAAAGCUUGUCAUAUCAUCCUUAUAUUCAUUUUUAUUUCACGUUAUAUUUUCUUCAGAGAUCAUUUAUUUUUACCCCUCCCACCUUCUAACAUUGGGGGUAUAUGGCUUUGCACAUAUCAUUCGGUAAGUCGGUUGUAUGGCCGGUCUGACGUUACAUUCCUUAGUUUCCGCAUGAGAUAUAAAAACGCGUUUACCAACAUACAAGUUAAUUGGCAUAAUGGUGUAAUAUGCAAAAUAUAUGAGCCUAUCGUUAUAAAGGCCAAUAUCUACCAUACA